UCCUUAUAUCAACUGUAGUGAACUCGAAUCAACUAGCUGUUGCUGUUGUUCUUGUAUAAUAAACUGGUUUGUGAUACUAUAAAUGGUCUACAAUCUAUUCCACGAGCAGUAAUAAGUCUACAGUUGAUUUCAACUUCCUCCAUAUAAUGUCUAAGAUGAAUGGGGCUACCGGUCACGGACCUGCCAAGUCCAAAAAAAGUGGUUCUCAAUUACAAGUUCAUUCAGCUACAAACGGACAUGGUCUACAUAAUGGUCAUAAUGGACACAUUGAGCAAGACACUGCAAGUAUAGCAUCUCCUACACCCACUACUCCUCCUACUGGCAGCAAAGACAAUGGUCUCCGUAGACAACCCCGUUGUUCGAACGGAACCUCUCAUUUAAAUCUCACUGAAACUGCUCCAGUUAUCAAGAUGUUAUAUUGCGAACUAUUAUCGCUGGCUGGAGUGGAGAAAGGAGAUGUUAAAGAAUUUGAAAUCUCUGAACCCUCAAUGAAGAGACUUACAAAUCGUAAAUUAAUAUGCAAAAUCGUAGAAUUAUCGACAGAAUAUAUUAAGACGUCUGAAAGAGAAUUCGAAUCAUUUAUUGAUGAAUUUAGAACGGUUGGCCUUGAGGUGACCUUCAGUACAAUGUACUCUGAGUUUCGGAGUGUUGUUGAAAAUUUAUUUAAUGAUGGAAUCAAUUUCGGAAGAGUGCUAUCGUUUCUCCGUUUCUCAGCUGCAUACGCAGUGUUUGUGUACAGGAAAGGCAUGAAGAAAGCAGUGCCCAGUGUAGAGGCGUGGACAGUAGAGGUCAUUGAGAGAGACCUGGGAGACUUCUUUGCAGAGAACAAAGGAUGGGAGGGAUUUGCUGACUAUCUUGAAACUCUGCUCCGAGCUCAUAGGCGGAGUCAGAAGCCCCCGGCAGACCCACCCUCCAUGUGGGAGACACUAUAUGCAUUCGGGGCAGUGGCAGCCGGAGCUGCGGCCGCGUAUGGACUGAGACAAGUGUUUAGCUAGCUGUGAAACACAAACGAUCUUUAGGAGACUUUUUUCAAUUCUCAGAGCAAUUUUUUUGUAUGACUGUGAUCUGUAUUUACUCGUCUGUUAUCCCCAGAUUGAUUUUGUGUUUGGUAAAGAUCAUUAAUUGAACACAUUCAUAA